AUCAUUGCCGUAGUUAUGGACCAAUUCACAGACAGGGAUAUCUUCCAGGAUAUUGUAGAUGCAGCAUACAAGCGCCGUCUCCCGGUCUACAUUAUCUUGGAUGAAGAAGGCUCUAAGUUCUUCCUGGAGAUGUGCAAAGGCAUGGAGCUCGGUGAUUUCCAGAUACGGAAUAUCCGUGUACGCUCUGUGACAGGAGUUGGUUACUAUACGCCAUCAGGGAAGAUCAAAGGCAAUUUGGCAUCCCGGUUCCUGUUGGUGGAUGGUGAAAAAGUCAUCACUGGUUCCUACAGUUUCACGUGGACCUCGUCGCAUAUCGACAGAAACAUCGUUUUGUUCUUGUCGGGGCAGAAUGUGGAAAUGUUUGAUCUCGAAUUCCGCGAGCUCUAUGCCAUUUCGGAGGAGAUCGAUCUCUAUAAGCAGCUAAACGUCCCGUGCCCUUUCUGUCGAGACGCUGGGAAACCGGGAUUUUCCUCUUCCACCGUGGCCCGGAGGAUCAACAACCCAAAGUAUGGAUUCGUGGCGGGGGUUCCCCCAGGGGAGAUGAUGUGCUGGGCCCACUGCCACAUGCAGGAGUCACCAGGGGAUCCGCAGGAGAAGGAAGAAGGGAGUGAGUCAAAAAGACGACUGCAUAUUUUUCUAGAUGACCUUAUCUCGGUAGAGCAGGAGCUGCCAGAGAUUGAGCCUCCACUCGAAGACGUGAGCCGUGCAGACCAGAGUCCUCAGAAGUUGUUUUCCCAGUCCCAUCAAGACCUGAGAACUCAAUCCGAGGACAUGAGCAAUGCAGACCAGAGUCCUCAGAAGAAGGAUGAAGCUGCCAGUGGGGAGACCCGUUCCAGGCAGGGCAAGAGAUUUGGCGCUGGACUUUUCAGAAAGGCCAAGCAUCUGCCACACUCGACUGCUGAUGCAAGUUCUGUUACCGGUGAGACCCUAACAGGAGACGACUUUGUGAGCGUGGCGGCGCCCAAGGAGGGCCGAGCCGCUUUGAGUGUUCACAGUAGCGGGAACACGUCAGGUUUGCUGUUGCGGUGGUUCAGUGGUUAA